CCUCACCUCGUCUCCUCGCCAUUGCCGCAACUCACAGCUCAGUGUCAACCACCACAACCACAAGCAAGCAAGCCAUACACAUCAAGAAGGCGUCUGCGUGCGAGGAAAUCAUCCGGUUUUUCAAGCUAAAAGCGUGAAGAUGAGCUCGUCGUCGUUGAGCAAGAAGGCGUCGUCGUUCGUGGUGACGGCGAGCAUGAGCGCGGUGGAGGCGCUCAAGGACCAGGCGGGGCUGUGCCGGUGGGACUACGCGCUCCGGUCGCUGUACCAGCGCGCCGCCGCCGCCAAGCAGGUCACCGGCCGCGCCGUCCCGGUGUCGCUGUCGUCGCAGACCGGCGGCGCGGCGGCGUCCUCCUCUCCCGCCGCCGCGUGCGGCAGGGCCGCCAGGUCGAAGAGGUCGGAGGAGGAGAAGAUGCAGAAGGCGUAUCACCUCGUCUGCUGGGGACCUAAUUAAAAUCUGUUCUUCAAAUUCGUGAUUUCGUGUAGUAGUUUUUUCGUUUGCAAUUUGUCCACCCCUCAUUUUCUGGUGUGUAAAUCGAGCCAAUACCUGCAGGGAUUUUUGUAUUUUGAUCCGUUUUCAUGUACUACUACUUCCCCAUCUGAUUCUGAUGGAGAAUUGCUAUGUGCAAACUACGGAGUAAAAAUCAACAAGAUGAUGCGAUUGUUGCACGGAAUUAA